AUGCAGUUGUCGAGCAAUGAGAUUUCGGGUCAAAUUGCCAGUAAACAAGUAGAAGUCACGGUAAACGGAAACGACCAUCAGCGUUCGCGAGUCGCGGAACCUCUGGCGGGUCGCCGAAACAUCGGGUAUUUAUUUCGCGCCGAACCCUCCUCCAAGCUCAAAGCCCCCUUGGAUUCAUCUGCCAACACCUCCAGCAUGGCUCUUGAAGCGCUGGCAUCCGCCCUGCGUACCAUCGGUUUCCCGCGCUCCCAGCAGGACCGCUUCACUCUCGCACUCGGCACAGCCGCCGUGUUAGGCAGCGCUUUUCUCCUCCCCGCCGCUUAUCGCGACUACCGCACGUUCAAGUCCUAUGGCCCCGGAGGCAUUCCCAAUAACCUGCUCGGAUGGUUGACGGUGCGCACACUGUUUCAACCCUUUGGGCGCGAAAUGCUCAGUACGGAGGUGUAUUUGCGCCGGAUCGAUGCGGCGGAGGGCCACGGCAAGGGCGAUGACGGGUACUUGACACUGUCGGAGGAGCAGCUGCAUGCGCGCGAGAAAGAUGGCCGGCCGGUCGUCGGGCCGCAUGUUGUGCCACAGAGGCAGAUCACGCAAAUCCCGGACGAGGACAUAAUGGAGAAACUAUGCACAUCAUUCCGUGCGUUUGGGAUGCGCAAUUACCAUCUCGUUAAAUUCGAACGAUCCAACCUGGAAAUGCAUGCAGAUGGUCUCUUCCUGGCCGACCACUUGCCCAUCACUGAUAUCGCGGAGACAAUGAAAGGCGAGGUUGCUCAUCUUCAUACGGGAUACGACCACUCAAUUCAUUGUAUUCUGUCUCCGGCCGAUUGUCUCAAAAUUAUCGAGGCCGGAUGGGGCCAACGCCACGCCUUCUCGGGGACUUCCGCCCUGACAUUCCUCAGUCUCGGGACGCUACCCGAUCUUCCAGCCGAAUAUGUUAUGAUCUACGCUCCGCGCGAUGAAGCGGAGAUUGAGAUUGUAAUGGGAAUUGUUUCUGCGUCGGUCAAAUUCAUGACUGGACGAGAGGAUGUGCGGUAG